AUGACUAUGGGAAUGAGGGGAGAACGUCUCACUCUACCGUUUUGCACUGUUUCUUGUCACACCAACUCUCUGGUGGCGAUUGGAGACGAAGAAGGAGGAGUCCGACUAUUAGACUCAGCUAAGGACGCGAAACCGGGGUUUUCCAAAACCUAUCUAUCAUUUCAACCGCAUACAAACUCCAUUAUGGACCUAGAAUUCUCCUCUGACGACAGACUUUUAGCUACUGCGUCGGGUGAUCAAACCUCACGGAUUAUCGAUAUGACUACUCAAACCCAAAUAUACUGCCUGUCGAAGCAUACUUCAUCUGUCAAACGCGUUCAAUUCCAGCCCGCUUCUAAUAACAAUGUUGUUGCAACCUGUAGUCGUGACGGCAGCGUUAAUAUUUGGGAUCUACGAUACAAAGCCUUUGAAAAGCCUACAAUGCAGUUACGCUGUUCUCUUACAUCGGACGUGGAUGAUUCUGCAAGAGCGUCCACUAAAAUGAAGUAUCCCCAGGUAUCCAACAGCAUCUGGCCAGCGCAUGCGGAAAGGGCCCGGUCCAAAACUGGUUCGGAAGCAGAAGCCCUAGCACGUCGGGACGAUGUAUCCGUUACUUCUAUCGCAUUUCUACACCCUGGCCGUGAAAACCUCUUCGUAACCUGCGGCGAAUCAAAUGCAUGUGUGAGGUUGUGGGACCUGCGAACUACCUACUCUUUACGACGCAAAACACCUGUCCCCUUAGCCAUCACUAGACAACCAGAGAGCCACGAAAAAUACCGCCAAUUCGGACUGACAUCGAUGGCCUUCAGUGGUAAUGGGAGCAGGCUUUACACCCUAUGCCGGGAUGGCAGCGUUUACGCAUACUCGACCUCCCACCUGACUCUAGGGAGCUGUCCAGAAAUGACACCAUCCAGCUCAAGUUUCAAGCGCUUCCCAAGCGACGAGGCCAAACCGGGCCUAGGGCCCUUGUACGGCUUCCGCCAUCCACACCUUCAAGUCGCCACAUUCUUUGUCAAAAUCGCCGUCCGCCGUGCAGUCAAUGACGAAAGUGAAAUGCUCGCAGUCGGCAGCAGUGAUAACUGCGCCAUCGUAUUUCCGACAGAUGAACGAUAUCUACCGUCGCCAUUCAUCGCUGCUUCUUCUUCCCUUUCGUCCUCCACAGGUAUUGUUAAUAACGCUUCCAACCAAACAUUUUCUCGGCCACUACACGGCCACAACCUACGUAGUUCCCAUUCCAGCAGUGUAGGCUUGUCGGGACGUCUGGAAGAUACCAUCCCGAUAUACAAGCAUGGCGCGGCGCUAAUUGAAGGGCAUAAGAAGGAAGUAUCUGGCGUUUCUUGGACGUAUGGUGGCGAGCUUAUCACCGUUAGCGAUGACUUACAUGCUCGAUGCUGGCGAAAGGGCCCUGCAGCGCGAGACCUCAGGAUCGGCGGGGAUGGUGAAGGACGGAGAUGGCGUUGUGGAUGGGCGGAUGUGAAGGACUCAGGUGACGAUGAAGAUGAAUAG